CUUUCCUGCUCUGUGAGAGACUCUGAUGGAUGGAAAUAUGAGUUUUACAGAAGAACAUCAAACACCAAGGAGAAACUAGUUGAAAAAAAUGUUGAGGACAAUGAAGUCAUCCAGGUAUCUAAAGGAGGAAUUUACCAGUGCAGAGGAGAGAGAGAAACAUCAGGUUAUCUCUCUGACAUGAGUGAUGAAGCCACCAUUAGGAUAACUUUCACCAACAAGCCUGUCAUAACACAACAACCCAGCCGGUCUCAGAUAUUCCAGGGUGAGGAGAUCACUCUGACAUGUGAGGUCCAGGGAGGAGAGAAGACUGACUGGUGGUAUGACUGGAGGAGAAACUCACAAUAUCUUCAACAGAAGAAUGAAAAGGUCUUAAAAGUCACUGCUUCUCAGUCCUUCAAUGAAGAAUACGACUGUAUGGCCACACGCAGAGAUGACAUUUAUUCUUCAACCACAGGGAGUGAAGCCUUCACAGUGUCAGUGUUACUUGAAACAAAUGUUGGGGACAAUGGAGUCAUCCAGGUAUCGAAAGGAGGAAUUUACCGGUGCAGAGGAGAGAGAGAAACAUCAGGUUAUCUCUCUGACAUGAGUGAUGAAGCCUACAUUCAGAUAACUUUCACCAACAAGCCUGUCAUAACACGACAACCCAGCUGGUCUCAGAUAUUCCAGGGUGAGGAGAUCACUCUGACAUGUGAGGUCCAGGGAGGAGAGAAGGCUGACUGGUGGUAUUACUGGAGGAGAAACUCACAAUAUCUUCAACAGAAGAAUGAAAAGGUCUUAAAAGUCACUGCUUCUCAGUCCCUCAAUGAAGAGUACGACUGUUUGGCCACACUCAGAGAUGACUCUUCUUCUUCAACCACAUGGAGUGAAGCCUUCACAGUGUCAGUGUUACCUCAACCAAAAGCUCAACUGGGAACCAAUAAAUUCAACAUGUCUGAAGGCAGCAGAGUGACGCUGACCUGCUCAGUGAAUCAACCAGCUGGAUGGAAAUACUUCUGGUACAGAGACUCCAAAACCUCACCCCUGACAAAAUAUGAUAGUAAUAUGUAUUGGAAUCAGUCUGAAGUCUCACAGGAGGGACGUUACUGGUGCAGAGGAGGAAGAGGAGGAAGAGGAGGAAGAGGAGAUCCACUUUACUACACAGAGUACAGUGAUCCCAUCAGUGUCACUAAAAUAAUCCCAAACAAGGCAACCCUGACUCUGCAACACGACAGACCACAGCUCUACCAAGGAGAGACCAUCGCUCUCAGAUGUGCCAUCGAUGGAGGAAACACAGGAUGGGAGUAUGAGUGGGAAACCAGCAGUUUACUCAAACCAGCAAAUGUCAGCCAAUACAGGAUGGAGGCUCUUUCUUCACAGCACCAGGGAGAAUACAGAUGUAAAGGAAACAAGCUGAGAGGAGCACAGUCAACAGAUUGGAGCAACACCGUCACACUGACAGUAUUAAGCAGACCAAAGCUCUCUGUGUCUCCAUCAUGGUUGAUUCCUGGAGCUUCAGUCACUCUGAUCUGUCACACUGAGCCUCCGUCAGCAGGGUGGAGCUUCUACUGGUUCAAAGCUGUUCCAAACUCUCAGGAUUCCUACACCUAUGAGCCUCUACCUGGUACCAGCAGUGGGACAGCAAACAAUUCCUUCACAGUUCAUGGACAGACACACACAGCAGGAUAUGCAUGUUCAGCUGGACGAGGGGAUCCGCCGAUUUACACACAACACAGUCGUCCCACAUUCGUCUGGUCUUCAGGUGUUCAUCCAUCAGCGUCUCUCACAGUGAAUCCUGACAGAGUCCAACACUUCACCUCUGAAUCUCUCUCACUGACAUGUGAAGGAAGCUCUUCCCAGUGGAGGCUGAUCCGCUUUCUGACUGACGACUCGCUGUUGAGCUUUCUUCCUCCAGCUACAAUCAAUGGAUCAACAUAUAUUAAGAAUGAGGCUCCAAGAAAAGCUGUGUACUGGUGUGAGUCUGGAACAGAGUUCAGCAACGCAGUCAAUAUCUCCACACACUCUGAUGGCGUUAUCCUGGUGAGCCCUGUGUAUCCUGUACCUGUGGGAGAGUCUGUAACUCUCCUCUGUGUCAUGAAGACUGGAAAUAUUCCCUCUGAUGUGUUUUUCUACAAAAAUAACAAACUCAUUGAAAAUGAGAGACGAGGAGAGAUGAAGAUCUCUGCAGUGUCAGAAUCAGAUGAAGGUUUCUACAAGUGUCAGUACAAUGGAAGAGAAUCAGCACAAAGCUGGAUGGCUGUUCAGUUUGUAUCCAGACAAAAGGGUUUUCCGAUGUGGACUAUUGGGUUGAUUUGUGGACUUUUGCUGCUUAUUUCUCUGCUGCUGUUGUGUUGCUGCAGAAAAACAGAAGAUUUGUGCUUCAACAGGUUGGUAUGA